AUGGAAAGCGACUCGAUCGAGUUUACUAAUGUUCCGAUCAUAUCACCAAACGGCGACGUUUUUGUUCGUAAGUUGUCAUUCACCGUGAACCCGGGCGACUACCUCCUGAUUGUCGGACCGAAUGGAUGUGGCAAGUUCUCUCAUAUCCGCAUUCUGCUCAUAUUUACACAAGAUACGGCCACCUGGCUAUCAGUUGCACAGCACUGUGGAGCCGCGCCCAUGGCCUUGCUCAUUCGCAAGUGCCACGCCUGA